AUGGAAAACGAAGGCGCAUCCACCGUUUGCCCUCUCGACCCAAGCAGUCUGCUGUUCUUGUCCGGCGAUGGUUUCGAACCGGCCGGCGUCUUCUUUCCACAUGCCGCAUUCUACUUCCCUCCGAAAGACAAGAAGGAGGCGUAUGACUUCAUGGACAAGGUUGUCGACAAACAUCACCGUAUGUGCGAUGAGAGGCAACGCUUGGGUCUCAAAAGGCACACACUCGAGGCUCAUAUCGCUCGAGUGGAGAGGAAGGUGAGGGCUUUGGAAAGCGAUCCCUUUCAAUGGGAGUGCAGGAACUUCGACUCUGUCGCAAAGAUCCCGACUAUGCUCCGGAUGUACCUCUGCGCCUGAGGUCAAGUUUCGGGGCUUGUGAAUACUCCGGUCGAGGUGGUCCUGUCUGACAGCGAAGAGGAUGAUGAAGAAGAGGACAACAACCUUUGAAAGCGCGUCAAGAAUGAACCCAAAGUGGACGACAAGAACGAGGCAUCCACUUCGAAUGCAGCACCGGCGAUGAACGAGCCAGUUCCUGAGCCUCUUCCAUAAAUGUCCCCGAACUCAUCUUUUUAUUUUAUUUCGCUUUUAUUUUAUAUUUAACUCGUUAUGAGCUUCGGUCCAUUUUAAAUUUUGGAAACUUUUGCUAUUUUCCUGAUUUCGAAAUACUCUUUUAGAGAUACGUCUUAAAUGCAGGACUAGCUGGUAGGCAUAAAUCUUUCGGUGAAUCACUCUGUUCUAGGAUGGAAACUACGGACUCUAAGGGAUGCGAUGUUCCUAUAAAUUAUAACUCUAACUUUUCCUUAUUCCUCACCUUUUCCUUUUUUUUUUGUAGAUAUGGAUUUCAACCUUCGAUGUUCGGAAUCCAUGCCUGAUUUCUCCAGGGUCGGAAUAACGGAUGGAGAUGUCCCAAAUGUGCCGGGAAGACGACCCUCUCCACCUCGUGGCUUCUUCCGUUUCCAAAUCUAGGCUCCAUGUGCUAUGAUCAAGG